AGACAAUUGAGGACGGAGAUAAAACGAGGUAGCCAAUUGCAUGCAAGUCCACCCGGUAAAACGAGCACCAUUACUCCGGCUCUCACGUGGAAAAAUUCCUUGAAAUAAGACUCUCCUCUCUCACUCUCGCUCCUCUCUCUCACUCCCCAGUAGAUUCAUUAGUUUCCAUUCCAUUCUUCCCUACCCAUUGCAAUCCCACACUCUCCACUCUCCACUCUCCCCUCUCCCCUCUAUCUGAUACAGGACCAUAACCGCAAUGUCAACGGAUCUCUCUACAGCACAAUACCCAGAGGCAACAGGACGGGUGGAUAUCGUUUUCUCUCAGCCAACCGUUACUAUGCGCUGGAAUGAGGCCACAACCGAGUGCAGACAUAUCGAGGCCCUCUUUCUCCUCGUCGAUGACGCAAGGGAUGCCCACAUUAAACAGCUUCUCAACGUCUUCCCUCAUCUCAAGGAUAAGAAGCGAGUCGUCCGCUAUGCUAAUGUCAAGCUGGAUCAGCACUAUUCCGAGAACUUUAGCCGUUACCCGGACGCGCGGGACAAGAACAGGACCCGGCCUCGCUUUGGCCAGCUCUUCCGUGUCGAGACCCGCUUCACAUCCGUCGGCAACACCAGUGUCAAAUUCCAGCACCGAUUCUUGACUGUGCCUCUUUCGCAGGCCAAGCGGGACUUCAACAACAGAGACGAGGAUGAGCAGUACGCUGCCUUGGACGAGGACGAGGAGCCUGAGCGAUUGUUUGCCAGUGCAGAGGGAGCCAUUGUCUUCAUCAAAUGGCAGACGGACGAGAAGGGCCAUCGUUUCUUCAGGCCCACACCAGGCGUCUUCCAGAACGCUGCCUUGGCAGCACCUCCCACUAUCCAGUUCUUGAAGGAGAAGGCGCCGGAGAAACGACCUGCUGGAUCAUUGCGACCUGAGAAUGCCUUCCGUGUGCAUAUCCAUCUUCGAAAGUCGGAUGAAGAUGAACUGGGACAUGUCACCAACUCUCGUUACGUGUCUCUCAUUCAUGAUGUCCUGACGUAUGGUCUGCGCACCGGAUACUACGCCAAUGGAGCUGGGUUGUCCAAGACUGCGACGGACUUACCAGCGAUUCCGUCUCACACCAACUCGACCGGAUUGGAUGUGGCCGUACCCGCAGGCUCGCCAUUCUACAAGCGAGGAACCGUCUAUGAGGUGUACGUCGGCUACGAGAGGGAGCUUAAGGUCCAACCGGAGGUGUAUGUCUGGAGCUGGGUCGAGCGCAGCAAGAUUCAGGACGAAUUCGAUGUCGUUCGCUUUGAGAUCUGUGCUCCUGAUAAUAACGGUCAGGAACAGGUCCUUUCCCUGUGCCGGGCCAUUGUCAAAGAGGAUCCCCACCAGCGUGCAAUGCUGUAAAUUGUAUGUGCACUUUAGACGGGAGCCGACCCAUACUUUAUGAUCAAGAAACCAUUACACUCCAUUCACAUAGACUAUAUUCACUAGAAAACUUACCUGUAAACUAAAAUAGAAUAAUAUCAUCAAC